GUUCCAGAGAUUCUCCGUACCAAGCAUUCUCCGGAGGAUCUCUACGCGAGAUACGAUGCUGAACAUUGCAGAUCUGACAUCAUUUGUACAGGCGCUAGACAAUUAUGAUUAGAUUUCAUUUGCCCUAUGCCUGUUCCUACGACCCCGCAUUAGCAUACGGACACUUCGGUAACAAUAGGCGGGGACCCCAGUCUCAGCAUAAGGAUAUGUAAUGGCCAAAGGUAUACUAUAGCGACUUCACGUGUUACACCUCAUUCAAAAUGAUCCGUCCUCGAGUUUCCCUUCUCUGCACAUUGUGUCCAAUCUUCCUUCUCGCGUCCGCUACCGCAACGGAGCCAUGGCAUGCUUACAACUACAGUCCAGCGUCACGAACAGUCAGCCCAGUUGCGGUACACUCUCAGUUUGGAAAUGUCUCAACUUACAACGGAACACAUUACCUGGCACCUGGUAGCCGUAUUAGCCUUGAUUUCGGCGUCGAGGUUGGAGGUUGGAUCAGUUUUGGAGCCAGCACCGUCGACUCCACAAACGCUUCUACACCGCACCUAUCACUAGCAUUUGCAGAAUCUCCAGCAUUCGUGCGCGCCAUCUCCGACGAUACCGGCGCAGCUAUCACUCAGGAUUGGGAUCAAGCUCUCAAUGUCACACUUCCUAGAAGUACAGUACUCUAUACAACGCCGAAAGAGAGAUUCCGCGGGGGGUUUCGAUUCCUGACAAUCAACGCUCUUGCGCACGUCCGAGUCUCCAAUGUCACAUGCGCAAUUGGCUUCGCGCCAAACACGCCGGAUUUGCGCAACUAUGGCGGGCACUUCUACACGCCCGACGACGAUCUGCUUGUCAGGACCUGGUAUGCUGGCGCCUACACGGUGCAGACCAACAUUGCCCCCAAAGACACCGGACGCUGGCUCCCGCAAGUCCGACCGGGCUGGGCUUACAACAACACCAUCGGAGUAAGCGGUCCGAUUCUCGUUGACGGCGCGAAGAGGGACCGAGCCAUCUGGCCCGGUGAUCUGGGAAUCCAAGGCACGACAGCCUUCCUUGCGCUUGGCGCUGAUGGAUUGGAGUCGGUCUACCAUGCGUUGGAGACGCUGUUCUACUACCAGAACUCCACAACCGGGCGCUUCCCCUUUGCUGGUCCGGCGACUGGAAGUUUCAGAAACGGAGCCGAGAGCGACACAUACCACGCGUGGAGUCUGAUCGCUAUGUAUAACUUUGCCACCUGGACGUCAGACGCGGAGUGGGUGGAAACACACUGGGCGAACAUGACGCGAGGACUGGACUUCAUCCUCCGCGGCCUCAACAACUCCGUCGGCUUGCACCAGCAGACCCGGGCAAACGACUGGGCGCGCCAGGGCGGCGGGGGCUACAACAGCGCACUGAACGCCCUCGACUACCACGCCCUAGCCUCGUUCGCCAGCCUCGCCUCCUCCCUCGCCCCAGACACUUCCAACACCACAAACUCCACCUCCCCCCUCCACGCCCAAGCAUCCACAUGGUCCACCGCCGCCGCCCGCCUGAAAUCCGCCUACAACACGCUCCUCUGGGACGCCCCCACCAACCUCUACCGCGACAACACGACCACCGCCCUCUCCCCACAAGACGGCAACGCCCUAGCCCUGCUCUACAACCUCACCACCAGCGCCUCCCAAUCCACCGCCCUCUCCUCAGCCCUCACCGCCUUCCACGGCCCCAUCGGCCCCCUCACCCCGGAACUCCCGGACACAAUCUCCCCCUUCAUAUCCUCGAUCGAAGUCCUCGCGCACUUGGCCGCGGGGCGGCCCGCGCGCGCCCUCGCCCUCACCCGCUCGCUGUGGGCGUAUCUGCUCGACUCGCCGCUGAUGACGGGCAGCACGCUGGCCGAGGGGCUGGCCGCGAACGGGUCGCUGUACUACCGCGGGAACGCGGGGUACAAGAGCGAUGCGGCGUAUACGUCGCUGGCGCAUGGGUGGUCGACUGGGCCGACGGUGGGGCUGACGGGGGGCGUUGGCGGGUUGGAGAUUGUGGGGUGGAGGGCGUGGCGGUUUAGGCCGUUGAGUGAUGGGGUCGUGAGGAGUGUGGAUGUGGGGUUUGAGAGUCCGAUGGGUCGGUUUGGGGUUAGGUGGCGGAUAGAGGAGGGGUAUGGGGGGUUUGGGUUUGAGGCGAGGGUUGAGACGCCGGAGGGGUUGAAGGGAGUGGUUGAGUUGGCGUGGGAGUGCGAUGUUUUGAAGGUGGAUGGCGAGGUGUAUGGAGGGGAGGUGGUGGAAGGGGGUGGAGAGAAGACGGUCACGGCGAGUGGGUGUGCAUGGGGUGAAGAGGAUUGA